GGAUCUUUCGCUUCCUCCGUGCUGUUCAAAAUAAGCGUUAAAUCCACAUUGAUUUCCCCAUUUUUAAAACGGUUAAAGUGUGUUUUAGGAGCGAAUGAGCAGCACAUGGUAAAGUGAUCGUGUCGUGUUUUAGUGUGUGCAAUUACUACGAGCUACUAAUUCGUACUGGAAAAUUCGACCAUUUUCCCACAUCGGUUCUGUGCUCAGCACGCGUGUGAGAGUGCACCAAAGCAAACGAUUUGCAGCAGCAACUGGCAAACGGCAAAAUACGCAACCACGACGAUACGCAUACCCGUCUGUGGUGUGCGCCAUAAAAUGUAAACCGAUCGAUACCGUCCGAUCAAUAGUGAGUGGAGACGCGUGUGUGGCCCCCGGUGGUGUGGUAUUGGCGAGCAAUUUUGCAGACACACGCACCCCUAUGCGAGGGGGUGGGGGGAUGGUGUUGUGAGUGAAUGUGUGUUUGUUUGUGUGAUGCCCAAGGGUUGGUGAAGGUGGUGACGCACAGAGCAGCGUCGCACGGCAACGCAGCUGCAACUGUGACCGGGUCUGUGUAGUGCAUUGCUUGAAAUUGUAAACUCGCGCAUUUUGGGGUGGUUCGACGUUAGUGAGUGUGUGGCGUGCUCUUGCCGCAGUUGCUGCUUGAGAAAAAAAAGGUCUGUUGUUCGAACCUGGCCUUGUUUUGAAACGGUGCAAGGCACACAUAUCGCUGGACGGCUUUUCCUUCCCCCGAGCACACACACACACAUACCGACUCAUACCCGGCAUCGCGUAACUACGAGAAACCGGGUCGGGAACGUCAAUUUAGCAGACAGCACACCCCGCCUGCUUCGCCUGCGGGUGUACCAUUUCCCAAGCGAAAAGAGAACCGUGCUAGGUCGCGUGUGCCAAGAAGGAAAGAAAUCAAAGCAAUCUAUGCGCGUGUGGGUUACUGUUACUCGUACUAAAAUUGUGGAAAACAUUUACCAAGAAAAAGUCUGAGGUGCUGUUUUUUGCCGCCGCCGUUCCAGUAGUGGGGCCGGGUAAAGUGAAACGAAGUGAAUUCCGACCAUUAUUACGACCCCCUGGAUGGUUUUGUGUGUAUGUGUGUGUUGAAGAGUGUUUGAUAUCAGAGUUCUAAGUGGUCCCUAACCGCCCCACCCGGUGUAGGUGGUGUGUGUGUUUGUGUUUGUGGGUGGAUCUAGUUGAGUGCGUUUUCGGGUAGGUCCAGUGCCGCGCGCCUUGUGUCAGAAAGUGGUUUAGGUCCAUCGGUGUCCUUUUUUUGGCCGCACUUGGCUGGUGGCGUCAUCGGUGCUGCUCUCCAAUUUCUUGCGUACUUCUGCGAGGCACGGAAAGAUCCAUAAAUAACACGACCACAUUGACGGGCCAUGGCGGAACGUUUCAAGGUUACGAAAGCGGAACAGGCGGCCGGCCUAGACGAGGAGGCGGCCGUCACCGGAAAGCUACUGUCGAGCGAAAAGCAUCAAGGUGAACCCACCGAUGAUCAACCCUUCGUGUCGAAAGGAGAUAAAAUCGAUACAAAUCUGUACCUUUACUCGGAUGACAUUCAGGAACGUCCCCAUGUCACCACGCUCAUUUCGUCCCUGGCAAACUACUCGAAUACGAUCGCACCGGCACCGACGGAUCCCGAUGCCAAACCAGCACCUGCCGCCGCCCGCAUGGGCACACUCAUCGGUGUCUACCUGCCGUGCAUACAGAACAUUUUCGGUGUCAUUUUAUUCAUCCGUUUAACCUGGGUUGUCGGUACGGCUGGAGCCAUAUUCGGGUUUUUAAUCGUAUUAUGCUGUUGCUGUGUGACGAUGUUGACUGCCAUCUCCAUGUCGGCUAUCGCCACGAACGGGGUGGUACCGGCGGGCGGCAGCUAUUUCAUGAUAUCGAGAUCGCUGGGGCCCGAGUUUGGUGGCGCUGUCGGGAUGUUGUUCUACACGGGAACAACUUUAGCAGCCGCCAUGUACAUAGUCGGUGCGGUAGAGAUCGUACUGACAUACAUGGCACCCUGGCUCUCGAUAUUCGGCGACUUCACCAAGGACGCAUCGGCAAUGUACAACAACUUCCGCGUCUACGGUACCGGUCUGCUGUGCGUGAUGGGUCUGAUCGUGUACGUUGGUGUAAAGUUCGUGAACAAAUUCGCCACGGUAGCGCUGGCCUGUGUCAUCUUCUCGAUCAUCGCUGUCUACGCUGGCAUUUUCGAUAACAUCGAUGGAAACGAUAAGCUAUUCAUGUGCGUGCUAGGAAAGCGAUUGCUGAAGGACGUUGCCGUCGCCAACUGCUCGAAGGAUGAGGGCGGUGUACUGUGGAACUACUUCUGCGCCUCCGGCGAAUGUGAUCCCUACUUCAAAGAGCAAAACGUUACGCUGGUGCGCGGCAUCAAGGGACUGAAGAGUGGUGUCUUCUUCGACAACUUGUUCCCAUCUUUCCUGCAGGAAGGGCAGUACAUUGCGUACGGUAUGGAUCCGGAGCACAUCGAACCAUUGGACCGUCCGAGCUACAACCAGGUGUACGCUGACCUUUCGACUGCCUUCACGAUUCUGAUCGGUAUCUUCUUCCCGUCGGUAACUGGCAUUAUGGCUGGCUCGAACCGUUCCGGCGAUUUGGCGGACGCACAAAAAAGUAUUCCCAUCGGUACGAUUGGUGCCAUCGUGACGACCUCGACCGUGUAUCUGUCGUGCGUGCUGCUGUUUGCCGGCACCGUCGACAACCUACUGCUGCGUGACAAGUUCGGACAGUCCAUCGGUGGCAAGCUGGUGGUCGCGAACAUGGCCUGGCCCAAUCAGUGGGUUAUCCUGAUCGGCUCCUUCCUGUCCACGCUCGGUGCCGGGCUGCAGAGCUUGACCGGCGCACCGCGACUGCUGCAGGCCAUCGCGAAGGACGGUAUCAUCCCGUUCCUGGAACCGUUCGCCGUCUCGUCCAAGCGCGGCGAGCCGACGCGUGCCCUCAUCCUGACGCUGCUCAUCUGCCAGUGCGGCAUCCUGCUCGGCAACGUCGAUCUGCUCGCACCGCUCCUGUCCAUGUUCUUCCUGAUGUGCUACGGCUUCGUCAAUCUGGCCUGCGCCCUGCAGACGCUGCUGCGCACACCGAACUGGCGGCCGCGCUUCAAGUACUACCACUGGUGCUUGUCGCUGAUUGGGCUGACGCUCUGCAUUUCCAUCAUGUUCAUGACCUCGUGGUACUUUGCGCUGAUUGCGAUGGGAAUGGCCGUGCUGAUCUACAAGUACAUCGAGUACCGUGGUGCCGAGAAGGAAUGGGGUGACGGUAUCCGUGGUAUCGCCCUGUCCGCCGCCCGCUACUCGCUGCUCCGCCUGGAGGAGGGCCCGCCGCACACGAAGAACUGGCGCCCGCAGAUCCUGAUGCUGGCCAAGCUGAACGACGACUUUACGCCCAAGUACCGCAAGCUGUUCUCGUUCGUCUCGCAGCUGAAGGCGGGCAAGGGUUUGGCCGUGGUCGUGUCGCUCAUACCGGGCGAUUUUACGCGGCGGGCGGGCGAGGCGGCCGCCGCCAAGCAAGCGCUGCGCAAGGUCAUGGACGACGAGAAGGUGAAGGGCUUCUGCGACGUGCUGGUGGCUUCGAACAUUGCCGAUGGACUCUCACACGCUGUGCAAACCAUUGGGCUCGGUGGCAUGAAGCCGAACACGGUCAUCAUCGGCUGGCCGUACGGUUGGCGUCAGAGCGAGGACGAUCGCACCUGGCACGUGUUCCUGCAAACGGUGCGCCACGUUAGUGCCGCCCGGAUGGCGCUGCUCGUCCCGAAGGGCAUCAACUUCUUCCCGGCCAUCGGCGAUAAGAUUGCUGGAAACAUUGACAUCUGGUGGAUCGUGCACGACGGCGGGCUGCUGAUGCUGCUGCCGUUCCUGCUGAAGCAACACCGCUCGUGGAAGAACUGCAAGAUGCGCAUCUUCACCGUCGCCCAGAUGGAGGACAACUCCAUCCAGAUAAAGAAGGAUCUGAAGAUGUUCCUGUACCAUCUGCGUAUCGAGGCGGAAGUGGAGGUCGUUGAAAUGAUGGAUAGCGAUAUCUCGGCGUACACCUACGAGCGGACGCUUAUGAUGGAGCAGCGCAACCAGAUGCUGAGAAAACUUCGUUUGAACAAGCGCGAAAAGGAGAACGUGGUACAAGCCAUCGUUGACCAUCAUCAUCACAAUGACAACAAUACCAAGACCGCGUCCAAGGUUCGGUUCGCUGAUCCAUCCGAGAACAAAGAGGCCGGAAGCGAGGAAGCCGACCGGGAGGAAAAGAAUGAGACUGAAUCCGAAAAGGACAAGGACACCAAAGAAGCCACCGAUAGCGACAAGGAAGCGGCCGGUGCCGAAAAGCUGGCCAACAAUGUGUCCGUCUCGCCCGUCAAGGAUAAGAAGGCCGGCGGCGAUGCAGCGAAGGCGGCGGACGACGUGAAGUCUGCCUUCAAACCGGACGAGGGCAACGUCAGACGGAUGCACACGGCUGUGAAACUGAACGAGGUUAUAGUGAACAAAUCGCACGAUGCUCAACUGGUCAUACUCAAUCUGCCCGGCCCACCGAAGGAAACGUACAUGGAGCGGGAAAGCAACUAUAUGGAAUUCCUGGAGGUUCUUACCGAAGGUCUCGAGCGUGUGCUGAUGGUGCGAGGCGGCGGACGGGAAGUCAUCACGAUCUACUCUUAAAUCGCUAUCGCGCCUGCCGACAAAACCACACUGAUCGUACGUACGGGUGAGUGUGUAUGUGUGUGAGUGACACACACACACAUCUCGCCAAGAACAACAUCAACAACAACAACGGGCAGCAAACGCUUCGUCCAGUUUUCCAGCCCGCUUUCCGCAAGGACACGUUUCGAGGGGGGGGGGAGGGCGGGUCUAUGCGUAACCGAUAUUACGAACUCAUCCAUCGAGGCCAUCGUAUUUUAGCUGUAAGAAUGUAAACGCCCUUCUUCCCAUCUCCCAAUGAAUACGCGAAUGUACCAACAUACACAAACAAACACACAUACAUACACAACGUAAUGGAAGCAGCUCUCGAAACCGAAACCAAAAAGAGGAAGGAAAAAAACAAGCUCGAUCAAAUCGAUGGGUGUCUGGGAGAUCGCCCACAAGCAAGGCUAGCUUUUCGAAUAGAAGAAAACCCGUAGUAUGUUAAGGCGUUAUUAAGUGUCGUGUGCGGUUCGGGUUUUGUGCCAUUGGAACGGCUCUAUCUUUUUACACUACUGGUGUUGAGUGCUGGGGUGCUUGGGGUGGGGAGGGCUUGGAAGGGGGAUACGAAAAUGUGUGUGUGUGUGUGUGUGUUUUGGUCUAGUUAAUGCCGAUAGGCUGAAAGGUACCCCGCUCGUCGGUGUUUGUGUUGUGUACGUUGAAUUUGCUAGUUUUAGUCACGAGAACAUCGUCGCAUUCAAAACCACCGAAAUCGUAUGUGGACAGAAGAGCGCAUAGAGAUCCUCAACAAUUUGUUUUUCAUUAAAGUCUUUAUGAUUUAUUUUCCAAUUAGCUCCAAUCAUUCCCCAUCCCAUGAAAACAAAUACACACAAAAAGGCACUGGCGUAUCGAUAGCUCGAUCGUUUACCGAAUUUGUCGAAUACGAAUACAGUUCGAAAACGGAUGUGCUGUGGCCGGUACAAAGUACAAACCCCUCCUCUCCAGAAAAAACACACACACACACACUAAAAGCGCCCUGCUGUGCAUUACAUGACAAGGCAUCCGAUUGCAUCCCAUGCCUGACUUCCCUCGAACCCGGUAAAUUCGAUGUGAUAAGUUCAACACAACAUUUAACUGUAUUAAGCUCUGCGCGGGAGAGGACGGGGCUGACGGAAGUGCUCUCGUCACACACAACUGGAGACAGCUGGUCAGUUUAAAUUUCCCACACAAGCAAUAGACAGUGGUGAGAAUGUGAUGCGUUGCAUUGUUUCUGUGUGUAUCCCAACCCCCCUCCCGAACAAGGUAAACACAACAAAAAAAAACACCCCAAACUGUUGCAGUAUAGUAGAACUCUUACGUGCCUAUAGUCUGUUAACAACUCGAACCGAACGCAACGCGCGGACAUGGAAAACAAAAGUAUUUGAGUGAAAGAUAUAAAAAAGGAAGGAAAAACAAAGAAGAGCAGUGCAACAAAAAAAGAAGUACGAAAUACGCCGUAACACAACACACACACACACCUAAAUACGCAGAGCUAAUAUUUCCAAAACACGAUACCAAAACAGAAAGACUUUGCCAACAAAAACAAAAAACAAAAACUGGCGGAAAAGCGAAGAUGCAAACGAAACAAGGCAAAUUAGGUAAACCCCGUGGAGGUAAACCCCUCCACACCAACCAGCGGAUGCCAGCCUAUUGAUUCGGUUUUUUUUCCGUCCCAGUGUAUUUGUGUUUUCGUUGCGCCGUUUAGUUUGUCUGCUUUACUAAAAACUAAGUAAUUUGUUCGAAUUUUUAGCUUUUAUUUUUAUAUGUUUUUUUGUUUUCUUUUUUUGUUGUUUUUAUCACUGAAUGAGUUAUAGAUUUACUUUCACUUGAUCGCAGUAAUCGGAGCGGUUUAUCGAUUGUGAAACGGGUUGUGUUUUUGUUUUCUUUUACUUUGUUUUAUUCGAAAGAAAUGUAUAUUUUAUUAGUUUACUUCUCAGGUAAGUGAGUGUUUUUGGUUUUUGGUUUUGUUCGCCGUAAUACUUUAUCAUUUUUGCAUCCAUUUAUUUAUCUAUUUCAAUGUCUAUUUCUUUACUGUAGCAAAUGGACACAUGAAGCGUACAUUAAAAAAAUAAAUAAAGUCAAAACGGAUUUAAUCGGUGAGUGAAUGACAUACCAAAAUUCCUCGGCCUACUAUAACAAACCCACGUACUACAACAAAACAACAACAAACUCGCACACACAUACACACACACAGAACGAAUAGUACUGAGAGAAGAAGAAGCAAAGCAAACAAGUAAAAUGAGUACAACCAAGUCUACUACUACCGUUCAACCAACGAACGAACCUUCACUCACCUUCAUUGGCAAAGCUGAAACGGAAAAAAAAACAAAAAAAAAACACGAUAAAAUGCAGUCUUUUGCGUACCAUAGAUUUAUUAGCAAGUAGACACGUCGUGACGUAAUACGCAACACCGUAAACACAAUAUAAAAGUAUAAAGCAUUUAAGCUCACAGCACAGCAGCGUAACACAAAAAGGGAAAAAGAAACACAAAACGGUCGAUCGAUGAGUACAUGUUGAGCCCUUCGAACGCGACAUUUACUAAACAAUAACAACAAAACAAACAAAGAAAUGAUAUUAACAUAUUUAAGACUGUGUUUUUAUGUUGAUUUUUUGUGUCUCCGUUUAUUACGUACAUAUAUACCAUACAUUAUGGAAGUAGGUAUAAAAAAAAAACAAAACAUAAACAUGAACAAGUACGCGUGCGUGUUAUGUGUGUGUUGUGGAAGAAAGAGAACACAAAACGAAGCGAAAGCGUAAAGGAAGGAGUAGAAAGAAAAAUAGCCAAAUCUCCCACCAUGCUGAACAAACAAACAAAACACAAAAAAAAAAACAAACAAAUGUCAAAUGGCGGUGGGCUUAGUGGGCAACAAAUUACAACACUUAACAUUUACCACGUUUUGCGAAUAUAUUACAAACAAAACAAAACAAAACAAAACAAACAAAAGAAAGCAUACUUAUAAUGAUAUAAACAGUAACGCAUAUAGUUGUAAGACAUCGGCGUGGGGCAUCGAUCGACUCUGAAAGCAAAACCAGCAAAACCGGAACAUUGAAGAACAACAGCAACAGCAGAAAAAAACAAUAAUAUACAAAAGUUGAAAACUUCUUUAACUUUCAUAUACACACUCACACACCAUAAAGAGCAUAUGCAUACAUUAUACGAUCUCUAGGAUACUUACUUGCCGGUAUGGUUGAUGGCUGCAGCAGAAGCGAAAUGGUAAAACAAACAAAACAACCCAAACAAACAAAGGAACGUACAGUAAUUAAGCAUUAAGAUAACAACUAUUAGAAGUGAUUAAUGGAUAGCAGUAGUAAAAUUGAAACGGUACAAGCAAACGGGUUUACACUUUUCCUUUUAGAUUUAUUCGUGUUACUCUUAUUAGCAUUCUUUUUCGUUUGAUUUUUGUUUGUUUUACUUUUUCUUCUUUUUUCUCGAUCGAUUUUAUCUUUCUUUUGUGUUUUAUUGUUUCUUCAUUGUCUUUUUUAUUUCAUUUUUAAAUUUUUCAUAUUUGUAUCUUUUUUCUUCGUAUUAGUUUUUUUCUAUAAUCUCUUUUAAGCAAAUGACAAAAGUAUAUAAUUCCCCCCUGUAUGCUGUACCGUAGUAGAUUGUAAUUCUAUGAAAUUGAUUACUUCUAAAACUAAAUUUAAACAAACAAAAAAAAACUCUUCCCGCACUGUCGUGCGAUUGUAACGAUCGUGCGACAGUGUGACAGAGGAAGGGCAAGGACACACUCAUGAAAUUAACAUAAUUUUAUUGCAUAGGUUCAUUUUCGGAGCAGGAGAGCGGUGUAGGAGGGUAAAGUGAGUCAAAUGAGAGAGAGUGUGUGUUCGAAUUACCAAGGACAUUCCUUGGGAAAUUGGAAAUGGCACAGGACAUACAAAGAAAAACGAAUGGUUCGGUAAGGUGAACACGGAGUGUGAUGGGCAAGCGACGAAAAUGACCUUUAUCUAAUAUGUAAGAAGUAAGAAAACCCCCCUAGUAACGAGAAGUAAUAAUGUUGUGUGCGUUAGGGAGCCAAAAACAAAACUCAAACACGCAAAAUGGUUAAUGAAAAA